AUGGAUUUCAUCAAGACCAGUUCCCUGCGUGCUCUGAUUGAGUUAACUUUCCAACGCAACUGGAAUGGCCUCAUUUGGAUGAGUAGAAAAGGAGUUACAACCAAAAGAGUGAAGACUGUCCAGACGGCUCUAUCGAGAACAGCGCCCAAACCGCGCAGUCCGGCUGGCCGAGGAACGAACCCCGCGGUCGGCCACGCCACAACCGCUCACGCCAAUGCCGCGCACGACCAUGCCGCGCGAGCCGGGAAACAAAGCCUCGCGGCCGCGCAACCUGUCUCGCGUACCACGGCCGAUGGCACCGUCCGAGCCGGGAAACUACGUCCCGCGUCCGGCCGAGAUUUCAUCGGCCAAUCUUCAUCCGUCCGACCACAGCGGCCGACCACAAUCCGUCCGGCCACGACCGUUCCGAUCGUACUAGCGGCCAUGACCCGAUUGUCCGGCCGAUCGUCCCGACCGACCGUCCAACGCCGCGGUCGACCCGAAGCCCGUUUUGAAGCCCGUUUCAUAUUUUCAAGCCCGGCUUAA